AUGAGGGCUCCUAUGAAAGGAUUGACACAAUUCAUUGCAGAUUUGCGGAACUCAAAAGCUCAGGAAGAAGAGGAGCGAAGAAUCAACACAGAGUUAGUGAAUGUCCAGAAUCAAUUCUUACAGCCAAAUCUUAAUGGUUAUCAGAGGAAGAAAUAUGUCUGCAAGUUGAUUUAUAUUUAUGUUCUCGGUUACAGAAUCUCAUUUGGACUUUUGGAAGCGAUCCAGUUAAUGUCGUCUAAAGUUUAUUCUGAAAAAGAAAUUGGGUAUCUUGCCCUUUCGUUAUUUUUAAAUGAGGAUCAUGAAAUGAUGAUGUUGACAAUUAAUUCAAUCAAGAGCGAUUUGGAGGUAGAUGAUUAUGAAUUCAAUUGUUUGGCAUUGAAGUUGAUUGCCGUAAUUGGUAACGAGACCUUCUCAACAAUUUUGUCGGAACCAGUAUUUCAAUUGUUACGAUCCCCGACCACGCCACCCUUUGUGAAAAAGAAGGCUUCUUUGGCAUUAUUAAGAUUGAUAAAAGUGAAUCCCGCAAUUUUGGAUAAAUAUCAAGCCUCAUGGCUACCAAGAAUUCUUGCAUUGAUGGAUCAGGAAGAUCAAAAUAUUGGAUUUUCAUUGUCGGUAGUAUCGCUAGUGACGUACAUUGCCAGAAGAAACCCCGAUAGUGUGAAAGCCUGUAUCCCAAUAAUCAUAAAAAAGCUCAACAAUUUGGUGAUUGAGAAAGAUUGCCCUGAGAAAUACGUAUAUAAUGGAAUCCCUGAUCCUUGGCUUACGGUGAAACUUUUGAAUUUGAUUGAAGAUUUCAUUCUCAUACCAAAUCUGAAAUCUGGGUACAGUUCACUUUCAAUUUCCACCAUAGAUGUCCAAAAUCUCAGUUCUUUGAGACUGGUGGUAGCAAAGGCAAUUGAAAAUGGCAGGAAACCUGCAAUAAACCAACAAGCUCUCAACGCGCGAAGCGCGAUCUUAUUUUCCGCAGUGUCUUUGGCAACCAGAUUAGAUCCGUCGCCUGAAGCCAUAGACGGAGCAAUUGCUGCUCUUAGUCAAUUGUUGAGCUCCAAACAAACCAAUACUCGGUACUUGGCUCUUAAUUCAUUAGUGAAAAUUGCUGGGGGGUCAUCAACUUCUGUGGAUCACCCGAUAACUGUCGCCAGAGAUAACCUCUCCAAGACUGAUUACUUGAAUAUUCAUAAUUCCAUCAAGAAUCACACCCAAACUAUUUUGCAGCUUUUGAAAGACAGGGAUAUUUCUGUAAGAAUGAAAUCUUUAGACACUUUGUUUCUUAUUUGUGACUUUCAAAAUGUCGAACUAAUUGUGAGUAACUUGUUGGUAUAUUUGGAUGUGUCUGAUUAUCUUAACCGAUCGAAAAUUUCAUCGAAAAUUUAUAAGUUGGUGGAAAAAUUUUCAAAAAAUUUGACCUGGUACGUUACAACAACAAUAAAAAUAAUCUCCAUUGCUGGGAUUUAUUCCAACCCUGAAAUUUGGCAAAGCUUCGUUAAGGUGAUUGUCAAUAGCAUUAAUAAUAGCUUGAAAAGCUUUGCGUGCAAAUCACUCGUCCGACAUUUGAGAGCCGAUAAUCCUAACGAAAUUAUGAUUAAAAUCGGAGGAUUUUUACUUGGGGAAUAUUGCCAUUUAUUAGUUGACAGCACCACAACCAAAGACAGUCAGUUUUCUCCAUGGAAUCAAUAUGUUUUAUUAUAUGAUAGAUACUUUGUUGGGGGAUUACAAGCAAGGUAUAUAAUAUUAUCCGCAUUCUUGAAAUUUUUCAAGAAAUUUCCCGAAUUAAGAACCCCGAUUUCUAAAUUUUACCGUCAUGAAUUGACUUCAAUAAAUACAGAGAUUCAGCAAAGAUCAGUGGAAUAUAUCAAACUUACCUCCCGAAACGAUGGUUUUCAAUUAUUGAAUACUGUCGUUGACGAAAUGCCAGAAUUUCCUCUCGAUAACCCUAAAGAAAAGAAAUCAUUUAUUUUGAAUAGACUAGAGAAAGAUGGUGGUGUGACUAUUGGGUAUGAAGAAAAUUUACUCGAUGUUGAAGAUGCGGUAACCACAAAUAACAUUCUUUCACCAACACCUGGGACAGACUUUUCAAAUCCGUUUAGUGAUUCUGAUGAUGAUUUUGAUUUUGAUGAUAAUAAUUUACUCGAUAAUCAGAAGGAAACCGAGAAAUUCUCGGUCAUUCUCUCUCCAAAUUGGGAAAUUGGCUACUACAAAGUCUUGAGGACCCACAACAACAUUUUUUUCGAGAAUUCCCUUAUUCAAAUAUUGGUAAAAAUCGAUACAAGUGAACUCAAGUCGGCGAAAAAGAUCACUAUGCUUUUCGUGUUCAUCAACAAAUCGCCAGCUGACAUAUCGUCCUUCAUCACCAAUGUGAAAAUGAUGAAAACUGUAAACCCUCCAGUAGUUUUAAAAAAUGUUCUGCUUCCAAACAAUGCAAUUCCAAAAAAUGGCCGAACAAAAUUAGAACUAGAGGCCAAUAUAAGAGACGUCUAUGAUAUUUUGGAUUUACCAAUUUUGGAAGUCAACUUUUUAAGCGGGGGGUUCACUUCAUUGAAAUUGAGAAUCCCAAUACCGUUGAUUAAUAGCUUGAUUGCCACUUCUUUAUCGGAAGAUCAUUUUGAAAUGAGAUGGAAGCAGUUGGUUGAUGCCGGUAAUCCGUUGCUCGGAAAAUCGACAGCUAUCAAUCAAAACCAUCUCAGUGGUGUGUUCCAGAGCUUUGAAAAUAUUCGUAAAUUCUUGCUCAAGACGGGUUGGGGUGAAUGUCUCACUGAUGAUACUCGCGAGUUGAAAUUUGCAGGAAUCAUUCAUACUUCUAACGCUGGGAAUUUUGGUACUUUAAUCAAGAUUAACAAGAAUGAUUCUGGGUCGGUCCAGCUUACUGUGAGGUCUACCAAUGAUCAAGUUCCUGGUAUUAUCCAUGAUACAUUGACAAAUAUCCUUUGUUUUUAG